GGUUUUCUCUAAAAGAAUAAAGCCUUGAGCUGCACAAAUAAGAAGUUCAAACACGGCUGGCCAUGCAUUAAUUUUUUGGAUCAAGCUAUUUGUGUGGACUGUAAAGUUGCUGUAGCUGGCAAAGGGAGAGAACAACGCAACCAUGGGAAGGAAGAAAAUACAAAUUACGCGGAUAAUGGACGAACGAAACAGACAGGUAACAUUUACCAAGAGAAAGUUUGGACUGAUGAAGAAGGCUUACGAACUGAGCGUACUCUGUGACUGUGAAAUUGCACUGAUUAUUUUCAAUAGCUCUAACAAGCUGUUUCAAUAUGCCAGUACGGACAUGGACAAAGUCCUUCUCAAGUACACCGAAUACAAUGAGCCCCAUGAGAGCAGAACCAACUCUGACAUUGUUGAGACUCUCAGAAAGAAAGGCUUAAAUGGUUGUGAAAGCCCAGAUGAUCAGAGAUACUUUGAGGAGGAGACAUUCAGCAAACUAAUUGAAGAUAGUGAUUUUGUUUUCAAGCGAGACCCUGCACUGAACAAGAAGGAAAACAGAGGUUGUGACAGCCCGGACCCUGAUGGCUCCUACGUACUCACCCCCCACACCGAGGAAAAGUACAAAAAAAUUAACGAGGAAUUUGAUAAUAUGAUGCGCAGUCAUAAAAUCUCACCUGGAUUACCACAGCAAACCUUUCCAAUGUCUGUCACUGUACCGGUGUCCAACCCAAACACAUUAACGUACAGUUCUCCAGGGAACACAAUGGUUACUGCUUCAUUAGCUGCCAGUGCAUCAUUAACAGAUGCAAGAAUGCUGUCCCCACCUCCAACGACACUGCAUCGAAAUGUGUUUCCCCAGGGCUACCCCAGGCCUCCUAGCACGGGAAAUGCUGGUGUAAUGUUGUGUUCGUCUGAUCUCUCCGUGCCAAAUGGAGCAGGUACCAGUCCAGUAGGUAAUGGGUUUGUAAACCCUCGCGCUUCUCCAAGCCACUUAGGACCAACGGGAGGGAAUGUGCUGGGGAAAGUGAUGCCUACAAAAUCUCCCCCACCCCCUGGAGGGAACCUUGUUAUGAACAGCCGAAAACCUGACCUACGUGUGGUUAUUCCUCCUUCCAGUAAAGGCAUGAUGCCUCCUUUGAACACCCAAAGAGUAACCAGUUCACAAGGUACUCAGCCACUUGCCACCCCAAUUGUUUCAGUAGCUACUCCCAGUUUAGCCCCUCAGGGGCUGAUUUAUUCUGCAAUGCCUACUGCCUACAAUACAGACUAUCCUUUGACCAGUGCAGAUCUGUCAAUGCUGCAGGGGUUUAACUCCCCAGGAAUAUUGCCUCUAGGACAGGUUUCAGCCUGGCAACAGCAUCACGUAGGACAAGCAGCCCUCAGCUCCUUUGUGGCUACUGGACAAUUAUCUCAGGGUUCUAAUUUGUCCAUCAACACAAACCAGAACAUCAAUAUAAAGUCCGAGCCCAUAUCACCCCCCCGUGAUAGGAUCACUCCUUCUGGAUUUCAAUCCCAUCAGCACCACCAACACCAACCUCGCCCAGAAAUGGACAGCCUGAGCAGCUCCAGCAGUUCCUAUGAUGGCAGCGACCGAGAGGACGUCAGAAAUGACUUUCAUUCACCGAUUGGCUUGGGAAGACCUGCCAAUAACGAGGACAGGGACAGCCCCUCUGUGAAACGCAUGAGGAUGGAUGCUUGGGUGACAUAAAUAUUUCUCCAGACACCUUUUAUGGCGAGGAACCCUUGAGCAUAUCUAAAACUAUAUGUCACAGGUGCACAAGUUGUAUAUCCGCAUUUGUGUCAUACACACAUCCAUCAGGUACCUGCUGCAAUGACUGGAAACACCUACAACUUUCUGCAGUGAUGUGGCACUUAAUGUGGACUUUCUAACAACUCCGGGGGAAGCAAUGCAUUAGGCCUCAGUGUAAUCAUACUUUUCUGAAACUACAAUAGUAAAUGACCCUUUUAAAAGGGAAAUGUGGAGGGUUGAAACCUUUCCGCGCUUGGGGAGAGGAUCCUAUCCCCCCCAUCCUUAUCCCUGUGCUUUUAACCCCUUUGCUGACAAAAGGGCAUUCAGUGCAUUGUAUUAGCCCAUCUGGAACCUCAUGGGUUUGACACUUGGCUUGAUAGAACAAACAGGACAAUGAAUGCAGGAAACAAAGAAAGCAAUACUGUAAAUGUAAAACAAUAAUAAAUGUUUUAUCCAAAAUUAAUACCUACAGAUCCCUCUUUGAAAGGGAGCAGGUGAAGGGCUGAAGCCACGAGAACUAUUUUUGCACGUGCGACACAAACAGCAAUGAUAUCAGGUCAGAAAGUUUUAUGUUUCGAAUCUAGGGAGUCAUAGGGCAUUGUAUUGGGGGAGGUUAAUAAAUAAAUAAAAAAAAGAUCUAUAAGCCUUGGAAAAAGGGCAUAUAAAAUUAAUAUAUUAAGUUAUAAUUGGGAAUAUGUUAAAGUUUCUUUUUACUUUCAUACCUAAAAGAACAAGAACCGAUUUUAGCUUGUGUAUAUUUUAUAUUAUGGGAAAACAAUGCCCUUAUUGACUAUAAAUAUAUAUAUAUAUAUAUAUAAAAGUUAUAUACUUUUGAACACGUUCUGCUAUGAAUUAUUUAUACAAACCAAAGCUGUAUGUUUGGGCUUUUUUUUUGUAGACUAUAGAUUUAUUCUUUUCUUUCCUGAUUUGUUUUUAUAGGUUUUUUUUUUUCUUGCUUUGAGAGCAAAAUAAAUAGAUGUACAAAAAAAAACUCAAAUGCAUCAACUUCAGAAAGAUAAAAGCCAUGAUACGUUUAUUAUAUUGUAUCUGUAAUUUAAACUUUGAGCCAAACUUUCUGUACAUAGCAUCAUAAAUAUGUCACCAGGACUUGAAAUGUUAAAGAGUAGAAGAGUAUUGUGUGAGUAAUAUGUACAAUUCUGUCAGAUAUGCUGUACUGCCCUUGUACGUGGUUAUUGCCAGUACUGUUUUACAUGUUUCCCUCCCUUUCAGGAGAACUAUAGAAAUUGGUUGGGUUUUGCUGUAAUCACCGUAACAUGUUUUAAUCUGUGUUCUUAUGUUCUGUACACAGAAAAGUGGCAAAAAGUAAAUAUAUGGAUCUCUUCAAAAGUCGCUCUUCUUGGAAAUGUAUCUGGACACGGUGAUGCAAGGUGAUCUUUGCUUAUGUCUGAAAAGCAAAAAUAGAUAUCUGGUGUUACCCACUAAGUAUAACUUUAUGGGAAGAUAAAAGUUAUGGAAUAUUUUGUUGAGAAAUCCACUAUCCAGAAUGCCCUGAAACCAGGCAAUUAUCUUCCCCCUAUUCCCCCAAUAAUUUCUGCAUGCUUAUUUGGAUUCCAUUCCUGUUUGUUAUACAGCUAUGGGACCUGUUAUCCUGAGGCUUUCUGGAUAACAGAUCGUAAUACUAGAAAAUUGUGUAAAUAUUAAACAAACCCAACAGGCUGGUUUUGCUUCCAAUAAGAAAUACUUAUAUCUCCGCUUGGAUCAU